UUCAUAAUCAUAAUCAUAACCACAAAUAUGAACAGUGUCACCAACUUUCUGAUCUUCUAUAUUUCAUCUGCAAUUAUAUCAACUACAUAUGCAGUUGCUGUUCUAGCACCCCUGCCGCAGUCGCAAUUACCAGUACCACCACCGUUGCAGUUACAGUUUCCAGCACUAUUACUGCAAAAUGCUCCGCCUCCUCCAUUCGACUACAUGUAUCUUGCGAUGCAAUGGCCACCGGCCACUUGCAACAGCAAACCCAACACUUGCUACAGGCCAAUUAUCGCUGAUAAAUUUACAAUUCAUGGACUUUGGCCGAAUGUGAGAGGAGCUAAAACGCCCGGUCCCAUAGGAUGCGCAGGAGCUCCCUUUGAUAUUACCAAGUUGAACAAUGCUGCUUUCAAAAAAGAGCUAUACAAAUUGUGGCCGAGCGUGACUAUAAAAGGUACUAAUGAGUUUUUCUGGGAGCAUGAGUGGAAGACACAUGGAACUUGUUCUCCAUUUGGUUUAGCAGAUUAUUUUGAGACAACUCUAAGAAGAGCUCAAGAAGUUGAUCUGUUAAAUAUUUUGAUAUCAGCCGGUAUCAAACCUGAUGACAGUUUAUAUUUAAUCGACGAUAUUAAAAAGGCGUUGAAAGCUCAUAAUAUUGAAGCUGUCAUUAGGUGCAAGAACAUGAAAGGCAAUGUUUUAGAGCUGCAUGAGAUAAGAAUAUGCGUAGACAAAAGCGGGAAGCACUUUGAAGCGUGCGACAAAAGUGAAGAAGGGUGUGGGAAUAAAACGCCAAAUAAAAUAAAAUUCGCAUCUGCACAAUCUGCAAUUUCUACAACUCCUGCUCCGCCUCCACCUGUUUCCUCGAGAAUAAUAAUAAGAUAUUAACCCUGUCAAUAAAAAAAGAAAGACAAAAUUACUUGGUUAAGUCCAUGUCUCCAUUGCUUACAUUAUUUUAAUCCAAUUUGUUUUAAUGGAAAAACAACAGAGCAAGGAAAUCUACAAUUAGAAUUACAGAUUGCACCUUUUGUGCCCCAAGUUCUUGAUGGUGGAAAAGAAACCUUGUACCACAUGAUUAUUGAUAAAGAUAAAAAAGCAGAGCAAACCAAUCGGAUUAAAGUAGCUAACCACUCAACAUGUAAAUAAUCAGCCAAGUACUCUAUAUCCAAAAUUCUCUCCACCAUCAACAUAACAGUUACACUUCAUUAUCAAGAACCUGUUUAAUUUAUUGCUACCUGAACGAAUGUCUGAAACACUAUUAGUUUCUCUUGUGAACAAGUCUAACAGGGACAUAUAAUUAUGAGAGUCCAUCAAUUCAAAUAUUAUUAUACACUAUUUGAAUUGAUGGACUCUCAUCUCAUAUAAUUCAUUCAAAGUGACAAUUUGUACGGAAUCAAACAAUCCAGCUAUUGAACUGUCGGUGAUUGCUUGGGCAACAAAAUAUUCCUGAUGCCAAAAAGAAGGAAGUUAAAUAGACCAUGGGAAGUUUAGCAUAUAAUGCAACGUCAAUCCUACAACACAGAACCUUAUUAGUAUAAUUUUUUCAUGAAAAAAAAGGAAGCUUUUAUGGAAGUACUGCCAAUGGGAUAACUGAAGGCAGAAAAAGAAAGGGCAUGAAAAUGCAGGAUUGGAUUAAGUUUAAGACAAAUUAAUAAGUUGGAGAACUCAUAAUGGCGGCGGGUUGCCAUGAAAAUAAUAAUCAAAGCUGUACACUACACCAACAAAGGAUUUUAGCCAGAGACAACUGAUUCUAUCGAUCUAAUUGUUCUACAAAGCUAUAUUUUUGGUCAUCCGAGACAAUUGCAAUCACAAUCAGAUUCGAAUUUACAACCACAUUUGUCGCCUGUACUGCAAUUAAAAUUAGAAGCGCCGACAAAGAUGCAGUUACAGUCACAGGCAAUACCACCGCCGCCGCAGCAAAUGCAAGUAGGGCCUCAGCAUGUCGUGGUGCGCCGCCGCAGUCAAUUCAGCUAACUUAAUCUUUUAAACAAGACCUUUAGCUCUCGCCAUCAUUGAAAUCGGGAAGACGGUAAGCAACAUCAAUAUGUGCCUGCUCUCCUCCGCUUAAAACCAUGUUUUGCCGAUUUGCCUUGGUUGCCUGACUAUCCGUUUUCAGGAGAGUUUGCCCUGUGCUAAACAAGGUCUUUACUGGAUUCACUCAUAUUGUCGCUGUGAAAACUACGGAAACGUGUUCUGUUACGAGGCUAUUAAAGAGUUAAAUAUCUAGACCAAGAACUGGAAGGAGCUACUAACUGAUGAGCCAUUCAGUAAGGAAGACUCGAUAACAAUUCAGGUAUUGACUAUUCUGAAACGCUCUCUAUUUGGACAUGUUGACUACACCAAAAUGGACUUUUAGCAGCAAAUAUCUAAAGAUGCUUUUCUGAGGACUCUUCUGAGGAGGUUGCUUAUUCCUGAUGUAAGGUCGAUCUCUCUUUGACCUUGAAAUUGUUUGUGAGUUCUCCUAAAUUAUAAAAUUUAGUUGUUUUGUUUGUUUGAGGAUAUAUUUAAGAUGUUAAUAUGAGAACAUAACCGAGCUAGGUUAUCAUUUAUCAAAGAUGUUUAGAACUUGCUACCUUAACACUUUUUUGAGUGCUAGUGCUCCCUUUAAACUUGCUACACCAAAGAAAAAUGUAAAAUAAUUUCUUACCAUAAACUUACUCAUUAUUGCUUCCUUGUCAAGUGUUGUGUAGGUUGAAGUUGCUUGAUUGUUGGAAGCAGUUCUUACAUGAGAUUUCAAGUUUCUUCUACAUCUUGUGUUUAGAUUGAUAAUUGUUGAUGUUCUAAAUCUAUAUCCGACCUUUUACUCUUUUUUUUCUUAUUCUUUUAAAAAAAAACGAUUUCAUUCUUAUUCUCUCAUACUGUCUUUUGCUAGGACGUGUCUACUUGAGAAGGUUUAGCUUCAGAAGGCGACCAGUAUUAUAGUUUAAGCACAAUAAAUGUAAAGCAGGUAUUAGAAACAAGACCUGAUAUCUGUUUGUUGGCCGAGUUUCUGCCAGAGGGAAGGUUUUCACUACUUCAUUUCCUCUUGAUAAUGCUAUUACUUCCGCAUUACUCGUACAGAUUGAUAAUGCUAUUACUUUCACAUUACAGCUAUAAAAAAUCAUUUAUGGUAAAUACAUGUGUUAAAGGUAAUAUGAUGCAGAGCUUUUCGCUGUCACAGACACUCAAGUAUUUCUAUCUUUUGUUUCACCUUCAUCAGUCAUCCCAUUAGAGGAGUGAGAUUUCAACACAUUCUCUUGAGAUGAUAGAGCAGUGGAUCGAAUCUCUCAUGAGAAGAAUCAUUCUAGCUUAAAGACUUCUAUUUUAGGUGAUGGUGUGUGAUGAUGAAUCUCUCUCAUGAGAUGAUUAUUUUGAUCAUUUUGUAAAUGGUGAAUGUAGUACUGUAACCUGUUUUGUUUUAAUGAAGACAACUUUUUGUUUA